AUGGCCGCGCCCAACAGCACAACUUUCAGUCACCUCACCUUCGUCCUGGUCGGCAUCCCGGGCCUGGAGCCCUGGCACCCCUGGAUCUCCAUCCCCUUCGCGCUGAUUCACCUCAGCUUCGUCCUGGUCGGCAUCCCGGGCCUGGAGCCCUGGCACCCCUGGAUCUCCAUCCCCUUCGCGCUGAUGUACACGGUGGCUGUUCUGGGGAACUGUGGUCUCCUCCUGCUCAUCGCCACCCAGCGCAGGCUGCACGAGCCCAUGUUCAUUUUCCUCUCCAUGCUGGCGGUGGCCGACUUGCUGUUAUCCACCACCACAGUGCCCAACACGCUGGCCAUCUUCUGGUUUGGACCCAAGGACAUUUCCUUCAGUUCCUGCCUCACCCAGGUGUUCUUUGUGCACUUUGGGUUUGCCGUCGAGUCGGCCGUCCUGCUGGCCAUGGGGUUUGAUCGGUACGUCGCCGUCUGCGACCCCCUGAGGUACACGACUGUCCUCACCAACGAGAAGAUCGGGAAAAUAGCCACGGCCAUUGUCGUCAGAAGCUUUUUUAUAAUUGUCCCUGAUGUCUUUCUUCUCAAAUGGCUGCCCUUCUGCGCCAGCAACGUCAUCCCGCACUCCUACUGUGAGCACAUCGGGGUGGCCAGGCUGGCCUGUGCAGACAUCUCUCUCAAUAUCUGGUUUGGCUUUUCAGUGCCUAUUCUCACCUUUAUACUAGACUUUGUGUUCAUCGCCGUGUCCUACGUGCUGAUCCUCAGGGCUGUCUUCAAGCUGCCCACCAAAGAAGCCCGGCUCAAGACGCUAAGCACUUGCGCCUCCCACUUUUGUAUCAUCCUCUUAUUUUACGUCCCAGCGUUUUUCACUCUCCUAACCCACCGCUUUGGCCACAAUAUCCCUAAACACAUUCACAUCCUGCUGGCCGAUCUCUACGUGCUCGUCCCCCCCGUGCUAAACCCCAUUGUUUAUGGGAUGAAAACCAAGCAGCUGCGGGAACAAAUGGUCUGCGUGUUGUCCCAGACGUGGAAAUGGUGCUGA